AUGAAACUAGAAUUCACAGAAAAAAACUAUAACAACUUUGUCCUUCAGAACCUCAACAAGCAGAGAAAGAGGAAAGAAUACUGGGACAUGGCAGUGAAUGUGGACGAUCAUGUCUUCUUUGCCCAUCGCAACGUGCUAGCUGCAGUCUCCCCCCUGGUCAAGAGUCUUAUCUCCAGCAAUGACAUGAAGAACACAGAUGAGCUCUUUAUCACCAUCGAUUCAAACUACCUGAGCCCUUCUUCUGUGGAACAACUCAUGGAUUAUUUCUACAGCGGGAAGGUGGUGAUUUCUGAGCAGAAUGUGGAGGAGCUGCUGAGAGGAGCCCAAUAUUUCAACACACCUCGACUAAGGAUUCAUUGCACUGACUUCCUGCUCAAAUCCAUCAAAAGAAACAACUCUCUUCGCUACCUGUUCUUGGCUGAGCUCUUUGAGCUGAAAGAGGUUUCUGAUUGUGCUUAUGCUGGCAUUCGGGAUAAUUUUUACUACUGGGUCAGCCACGAAGGGUCGGGCUGCUUCAUGCAAUGCCCCCCUGUGAUCUUUGGGAGGCUGCUUCGGGAUGAAAAUCUGCACGUGCAGAAUGAGGACCAGGCCCUUACCUCUCUCCUACACUGGGUACUUUUCAAAAAGGAAGACCGGGAGAAAUAUUUCAAGAAGUUCUUCACCUAUAUCAACCUAAAUGGAGUCUCCAACAAAACACUCAUAUUUGCCAGCAACAAAGUGGGAGGGAUAGAGAACAGCAAUGCCUUAGCCCUGAUAGAGAAUGUCUUGUUGGACCGAAAGCAAGAGAAGCCAACCAGACUCCUGAAUUUCCAAAGGAAAGGAGCCUUGUUGGAUGCUGUAGUGAUUCUGGGGGGUCAGAAAGCCCAGGGAAAAUUCAAUGAUGCCGUGUUUGCUUACAUUAUCGAGGAGGAUAUUUGGCUGAAACUCACUGAGAUGCCAUACAAAGCAGCUGCUCUCAGUGCAACUUCUAUGGGUAAGUACAUUUACAUUUCUGGUGGAACCACGGAGCAGAUUUCAGGCUUGAAAACCUCCUGGAGGUAUGACAUGGAUGAAAACUCCUGGACCAAACUGCCUGAUCUACCCAUGGGGUUAGUCUUUCACACCAUGGUGACCUGCGGGGGAGUCGUGUACUCUGUGGGAGGAAGUGUUGCUCCAAGGAGAUAUAUUUCCAACAUCUACAAAUACGAUGAAAGGAAGGAGGUUUGGAAUCUGGUGGGGAAGAUGAGCAUCCCAAUGGACGGAACUGCCGUGAUCACCAAGGGAAACAGACACAUGUACAUAGUGACAGGGAGGUGUCUGGUGAAAGGGUUCAUUUCUCGAGUAGGGGUGGUAGAUUGCUUUGACACUUGCACUGGGGAAGUAGUGCAGUGUAUCACCUUCCCCAUUGAGUUCAACCACCGGCCUCUCCUGUCUUUUCAGCAGGAUAACAUCCUGAAGGUACACAGCCACAGGCAGAGUGUAGAAAUUAACUUGCAGAAGAUUAAAGCCAGUAAGACUGCCAGCUGUGUGCCCUUGCUGCCCAACAACUGUGCCCUGGACGUUUCACAUGCAGUGUGUCCGAUCGGUGACAACAAGGUGUUUGUAUGUGGAGGUGUCAUGUCUGGGAAUGACACACAUAAUAAAGAUUACACUAUCAAUAAAAAUGCCUACCUGUUAGACCAGAAGACUGGGGAAUGGAAGAUUAUCACUCCACCACCAGAGGCCCUGGACUGUCCAGCAUGUUGCAUGGUCAAACUGCCUUGCAAGGUUCUUCGAAGGAUUGACAAUAUUUAA